CUACCAAAUUCUUGCUAAAUUUCUGCGGUUUCGUGCAGUCUGUGCUUCGUUUGAGACUUCAAUAAUAGUUUCACAAUCUGCUUUCUCCUUUUCUAUUUUUGAUUUUGGGUCGUUUGAAGGAAGUUAGGGUUGGGAGUGAAAACGCUAUGGAGUGUGUGUUGGAAUUUUUUAAGGGUCCUGACUCCAUUCCUCCUCCUAAUUUAUGCAGAAAUUGAGGAAAUGUCUUCAGAAGGGACAAUGAGUGUAGUAGGAAGUGAGGUGAUGCCCAUGGAGUAUGGUGGCAUGGAUUCGGAGAGUAGUCCGUCUCCAUCUAGUUCGGAGAGAACCGUGGAGGAAAGGAGGGAGGGGAGGGUAGGGGAAGAGGAGGAAGAAGAAAUUCCCUCAAAUAUACUAGAGGUUGAGGGUAAUGUGAGUAGGUGUUACGACCCUGAUUUAGACAUAGUGUCUGAGGUGAAAGGGCCUACUGGGGUGAAUGAGAGAGCAUGCUCAGCACCCCAAGACCACUGGAUGCCCAUGUAUGUCCAUUAUUUGGCUGCAGAGCUUAGGUUCCCCAUUCCAGAAUUACUGGGUGGGGGCAAGGGUGAGAAGGGGUGGUACUACUUCGGCCCUCGGUCGUCCAGCAAAGAGAAUAUGAGUUUAUUCACUGCUGGACCGUCAUCCAUUAAAGGAUGGAAAGAAAAAUUCUUCUUUGUGGAUGACAUCGAGUGGAGUAAGAGGGACGCCAAAGUAGAACAAUUGUCUGCUUGGAAAGCUAAGAAGACCAAGCAGAACAAUUAUAAGUUGAAUGAGGAUGAAGUAGAAGAGGUGGGGAAGUUGGUGAGGGAAGAAGGGGAGUUAAUGGAUAUCAUGUACCUCACCAGCGCAGAGGCGAUAAAGGCUGCCGAGCUUUAUGGGCCAAGCUCAUUGAGCGAAGCUAAGAUGGAUAGCUUUCUUAACACUGCUGGAGGCACUUCUGCUCAGGCUCUGGAGAUGCAACAAAGGCCAGAGCCUAUGAGGAGAAACAAUGAGGAAGUGAGUGAGGAGGUGGCGCCACUUCAGAAGAAGAAGAGGAGGGUGGCAGAGCCAGAGGCUAGGAGGGAUGAGGUGGUAGAGUUCGUGCCUCGGCCUUCUCCUCCUGAAGUUGAUCCUGCAGUCAGGGAGAGGGAGGAGGCCGAGGUGCGAGGCCCUGGCAAAGGCAAAGAACUCAUCCCUCCUCCUUCGUUCCAGAAGAGUUUGUUCGAGGCAACAAACACCACUGGAGCGAAGGUCGAUCGGAGUCUGAAACAUGGAUCCAAGGUCCCCAGUGCUAGAUCAAGUCGAAAAGUCGUCAAGGUUAACCAAAUUUUUUGGAUCAAAUGUCAGAUUUGCACUAUUGGAGAACUGUCCCACAAAGAGAACGUCGGCUAGCCCCUUCAAUCGGACGAUGAUGGCAUGAAUAGCGAGAAGGAGAAAGGGAAAGGAUACGAGAGAGAAGAGAGAAAAGGGAAAUGAAUUUUGGCGAAGGUUGGAGUCAAACUAGAUUUGGGAGAGGGAAAUAUUUAGGUUUAGUUGGGGAGGGAAACUCGGAAUGUAGAGAAGGAAAAUUGGGGAAAAUGUGGAGGGAAGUGAAAAUAAGGACAGCCGGCUAAA